AUGGGUUUCAGAGUGAAACCAGCAUUUGUGCUUCUUGCGCUUUGCGUCGUCUGCUCGCUGCAAACAACCAAAGGCAAGGAUGACGGGGAUGAUGAAGAGAAUAAAGGUCUGGAGAGCGGUGGAGGAAAGACGGAUAAUCAGACGCCCUCGGAAACAAAUUAUGGAUCCGACAACACUGGUGACUAUGGUGUCUAUGAUGCAGAGGUAGGAGGAGAUGGUAGCGGUCCUAGCGGUCCUGGAGGCCCUGGAGGUCGUGAAGGUCCUGGAGGUCCUGGAGGUCGUGGAGGCCCUGGAGGUCCUGGAGGUCGUGAAGGUCCUGGGGGUCGAGGAGGCCCUGGAGGUCGUGAAGGUCCUGGAGGUCGUGGUCGUGGUGGAAAUGGUGGACAAGGCAGCUCCUCAGAGGAAAAUUAA